CCUCUUAUCUUUCACCGCGCGCCAUGGCGACAUGCAACACGAGACGCUUUUAGCAUACUUUCCCCGACUCUCCCCCUCCUUGAUCGACAAUUUCCAGUCCAUGAUUCUGCAUGGCUUCAUGAACGAUUGAAUGCUACAUAUAUGUAAUAACAGUGCCUAUUGGCUGUCGAAUCGUCGCAGAUCUUCACAGUCUAGUGUCGUAGACCCUGCACCAUCAUCAUCAUCAUCAUCACCACCACCACCAGAGAUAACAAAAGGGCUGAGUGCAGUCUUGACCUUUCAAUCAUGGAACCCUGAUAUGCAGGGUCGAAUGGUCGUCCGGCGUCAACGCACCACACGGAGAUCAGGGUCCAUGUCAAACCUCAAACAGAAGCUCCCUAAUGUCAUCUCCAGACCAGCAACAUCUGUCCCAACCACUGGCGUUGCACCGCUUCUUGAUGUCAACACUCAUAGCUCGCCCUUGUGUCAAAUAUGGUUUAUUCUCCCCUCAUAUUGUCACACCAUCCUGUGCCACCGCGGACUUCAGGCUAGCAUUACAUAUCUUACCCACCAUCACUGCUGCUCGGGGCGGAGAAAGUGGGUCUUCCACCUCCCAACAGAAUCCUUUGCCCUUCUCUUCCACAGCACCCCGGUCCUGCUCCUAUGAAGAUGCUUUCGCGUCGAGCACGGCAAUCGUCCCACACCUGUCAAACAAUGCGGGGGAUUUGAUCGGUAGGACAUGCACUCCACAACACGGAAUGGUGUCCAUGAUACAAAUUGGCACUCUCCCAGGCGUCGUAUGUAUACGCAACUACGUCACAUGCAAUGUUGUCUGCAUGACCCAGGAGACCCUCAUUGUGGCAAAGCAUUACUUCUGUAUAAUUCCUUGUUUCGUAUAUCUAUUGACGUGUAGAAAUCUUGUCCAAGGUCUGUCUACCAGUCGUAAUCACUAUCUGCAUGACCAUCAAAAGCUCAAAUUGCAUCCUUUUUAACGUCAGAUACUAAUCGGCUGGAAUGUUGUGUGCAUAAUCAGACAAGCCCAGCAAGUCGACAGUUUA